AUGGUUGUGGUGACACAGCGGGAGUUUGUCAGAGAAAAGAAAUACAAGACAGAAGCAGAAGCGUUUGGCUGGAGCUUUGUCUUUGAGGAUUUCAUAUCCGAAGAGCUGAAAAAAAAAGUCACCCAAAAACUGGAGUCUGCCCCAUGGUGGCUGCCCAUCGAGAAGGCUUUUUGGCGACAGCCCUCAGGUCCUGGCUCCAGCAUAAAGGACAGGCUGGAUUACCCGGUGCUGCACGUGAGCUGGAAUGACGCGCAGGCGUUCUGCGCCUGGACAGGGAAGAGGCUCCCAGCAGAGGAGGAGUGGGAAUUUGCUGCCAGGGGAGGACUGGAGCAAAGGGUGUAUCCCUGGGGAAACAAGUUUCAGCCGAACCGUACAAAUCUCUGGCAGGGUGAGUUCCCAAGGGUCGACAUGGCUGAAGACGGUUAUCACGGCGUCUCGCCGGUAGCAGCGUUCCCUCCUCAGAACAACUAUGGGCUCUACGACCUGCUGGGAAACACGUGGGAGUGGACCGCCUCGGAGUACCUGGCUCCGGUGCCGUCAUCGAGGCAGCGGGCUCAGAACAUGCGCGUCCUGAGAGGUGCCUCGUGGAUUGACACCGCAGAUGGAUCUGCAAAUCAUAAAGCUGAUGUGACUACCAGAAUGGGGAACACGCCAGACUCAGCCUCUGACAACCUCAGCUUCCGCUGCGCUGCCGACAUCCCGCCCGUCACGGCCAAGAAAAGCCAGACCAAACCUGAGCUCUGA